GUUGCCUCUUGCCACUGGCUCAGGAGAGAAGGAAUCUGAAGAACAUUGGUGGAGAUGACAGAAUCGAGCCUGGAUCUUCAGGAAUCAGGCUGGGAGGAGCUUCGGAGAGAAGCUCGCAAAAUCGAAGGCGAUCUCGACGUUAAGCUCUCUUCUUACGCUAAACUCGGCGCCAGGUUCACUCAAGGCGGGUAUGUUGACGCUGGAUCUCCAACCGUUGGAUCUGGAAGAUCAUGGAAGUCUAUGGAGAUUGAGAUUCAAUCUUCUCUUGAGAAGUUGUUGGACAUUAAUGAUUCCAUGAGUAGAUGUGCCGCAUCUGCUGCAUCCACAACCUCUAUUACUCAAAAGCUUGCAAGGCACAGAGAUAUACUUCAUGAAUACACACAGGAGUUUCGAAGGAUAAAAGGAAAUAUAAACUCCAUGAGAGAACAUGCUGAGCUUUUGAGUUCUGUCAGGGAGGACAUAAGUGAAUAUAAGGCUUCUGGUAGUAUGUCACCAGGUGUGCAAGUGUUAAGGGAGAGAGCUUCAAUCCAUGGAAGUAUUUCUCAUAUUGAUGAAGUUAUUGGUCAAGCUCAAGCAACAAGAGCAGUUCUUGGCUCUCAACGAUCUCUGUUUUCAGAUGUUCAAGGGAAAGUUAAAAAUCUCGGAGACAAAUUCCCAGUGAUUCGUGGCUUACUUGGAUCGAUUCGAAGGAAACGUUCUCGGGACACACUUAUCCUCUCUGCUGUUAUCGCUGCAUGUACGUUGUUUCUAAUCAUCUACUGGCUUUCUAAGUAAACAGUAUGUUCUACACCUAACGUAUAAGAAGAGAUUUUCCUCCACAUCAAUUUUUCCUAGUUUUUUUUUGGGUUUUGUUUGUAGGAUAUAGUGUUACACUCUUAAUCAAAAAACAGUUUAAAAUUCGAAAACACAUUUUUUAACAAGAUCAGAGAUGAAUCCAUGUGACAUCAACCAGG